AUGGACUGGUCUCACGACUUCUGCCUCUCCUGCGACCGCCAGAUGGAGGGCGGCACCUACUGCUCGCAGGCCUGCAGGCUAGCAGACCUCGAGAAGGCUGGCCAGCAGCAGUCCGCACAACUCUCGUCGUCUGCUUCGUCCACAUCCUCCUCCAACCACGGCUUCUAUCUUCCUCCGGCUGUCAAUUUCUCGCAGUAUCAAGCAUCAUCAACAUCACGAGGAUUCGACAUGGGCCACUCAAGUCCGUACCACUACGGCACCACCGCGAAUGGCUCGUACUUUGCUCCACCAAAAGUGGGGCAGCGUAGCCUCACGCCAUCAUCAUCACGCUCGUCGCUGUCGUCAAACUCCUCGACAACACAGUCAGGCAUCACCGCCCAAGCGGCAUCGCAACUAAACAACUACAUGCGAUCGUUCGACCAAACACGAGAACAAAAGAGGAGGUACACGCAAUACUAG